CAGGAAAUCCACAUUGCCAGAGCGGCCUAGCCUAAGAGAAACCAAAGCCUCUUCAGUUGCCCUUCUUCUUCUUCUUCCCCUUUCUUUCAUGGUCCUUCCUGAAAGUGACCAUUUAUAUAUAUACCAUUCCAAAAACUUGUCCACUUGACCUAACAAAAGCGACUGGAUUUGAAAACUCAGAACCCCAAAAACAGCAACUUGUUGGGUAGAAGAGGGAGACUCCAAAAUGGAUAAGGUCAUCACAUUACACGCAAGUGGCCGUGGAAAGGGAGCAGAUGCUGAAUGGUUGGGGGGGAAAUGCAAAUUUUCAUCCUGUUUGGGCCCAACCCAGAAGACUACUCAAUAUCUGAAAAGGGCGGACCCCAGCUUGCUUGCUUGCUGUGUAUUGGGACCCCUCAAAUUUAAGGCUGAAUCCGAAUUCUUCUCGCCCAAUUUUCCCUGAAAUUCAACAUAUCAGAAAACCCCUCCAGAUUUUUUGUUCUAAUAAAACAAUGACCUCAUCAAUCUAUUUGAUGAUGGUAACAGCAACCCAAUUUCCCAAACUUCUUCAAUGUUUUAGGAAGUAGCUUAUUAGUCUAAACCAGAUAUGGAUAGGCAUAUUAGACAACAGGAUAUAGCCCACUUCUAACUGAGUUUAAUGCUCCACUAUAAUCUGGUUUGUAUUUUCCCUGGAGCACUUCAGCUGCUUGUCUUUUUCGAAACAGUUUCGAAUUACUUCCAAAACAUGACUAAAUUGAGGAUGAGUAGAAUUGGUGAGAUAUGAACUACUGUGAACUACAAGGAAAAAUGUUUGAGAAGAUAUACGCGUCUGACAUGUUUUAAGUCAUGGUCGUGGAUGGUCAAGAAGAUGGAGCCCCUUGUUUAUUUAUUUAUUUACGGAAGGGAUAGCAGAAGUUUCCAAGUCACCCCAAAUUUCUACAGACUGGGAUAGCCAUGAAUCAAAUAUGACUAUUACAUACUAAUCCUCCCUUCUUAAUCCUGUCUGUGAUUGAUAAAGCUUGAAAUUCCAUGUCCAUGGCGUCUUCAUCUUUAGGUUUGAUCUUUGCUUUUUCUGCUAUUGCUUCCAUCAUCACCCACCUGGCUGUUUUAUCUGAAGCUCAAAAUCCAACUCAACCCACCACCGAUCCUGAUCAAGCAAGGGCUUUGAAUUCCAUAUUUAGUCAAUGGAAGAUAUCGGCGCCAUCAGGGGUGUGGAAUCUAAGCGGGAAUCUGUGCAGUGGGAGGGCAGUCAACACUACCACGGCCAUUGACAGUUAUGGAAACCCCAUUCCUCUUAUAAAAUGCGAUUGCUCAGCCAGCAAUGGUGCAACUUGCCUCAUUACUCAACUGAACGUUUAUGCAAUAAAUGUUGUUGGUGUACUCCCCCCAGAGCUAUGGACAUUAACGUCCCUCACCUAUCUGAAGUUGGAUCAAAAUUUCUUGACAGGAACACUAUCUGGAUCUGUUGGUAAUCUCAGAGAAUUGCGGAGCUUGAGCCUGGGAACUAAUGCAUUAUCAGGGCCACUUCCGAAGGAACUUGGAUCUCUUUCUAAACUGGAAAUGUUGGCUUUCGGGUCCAACAAUUUCUCUGGUUCCUUACCACCAGAGCUUGGAAAUCUUUCUAUGUUGAAGAAACUAUACAUUGAUAGCUCUGGAGUUACUGGUGGUAUUCCUCAAUCAUUUUCACGCCUAAGAAACUUGAAUACAGUAUGGGCAUCAGACAAUGACCUCAGUGGCAGAAUACCUGAUUUCAUCGGGAGUUGGACAGGGCUCACAACUUUGAGGUUUCAAGGAAACUCUUUUACAGGUCCCAUACCGUCGACAUUUUCAAACUUGACAUCUUUGACCGAGUUGAGAAUAGGUGAAUUAUCCAAUGGGAGCUCUUCUCUAGCAUUCAUCAGUAAUAUGAUAUCUCUAGCUAUCCUGGUGCUGAGAAAUAAUAAUAUGACAGGUUCAAUUCCAUCCAACAUUGGAGAAUUUCGUAAUCUUACCCUGCUGGACUUGAGCUUCAACAACUUGACAGGAGAGAUUCCAAGCUCGCUUUUCAAUUUGAGUUCACUGUCACACUUGUUUCUUGGAAAUAAUAAGUUAACUGGGACCCUACCUACACAGAAGAGUGCAUCACUUCUUAAUAUAGACUUGUCAUAUAAUGAUUUAUCAGGGAGCUUUCCUUCUUGGAUCAACCAGCAAAACUUACAGCUAAAUUUAGUCGCCAACAAUUUCAUCAUGGAAGGUUCAAGUAUCAGUGGGUUGCCUUCUGGAUUGCAGUGUCUUCAACGAAACUUUCCUUGUAAUCGAGACCGUCCAAUAUAUUCUGAUUUUGGGAUCAAGUGUGGAGGUCCUCAGUUCAGAAGUUCAUCAGGGGUUUUGUUUGAAGCGGAAAAGGAGACUCUCGGUCCUGCUACGUACUUUGUUACCGAGUCAAAUAGGUGGGCGGUUAGUAAUACUGGAUACUUCACUGGGUCCAACAAUUCUGAAUACAUAGCCAAUACAUUGUCUCAAUUCCCAAACACCCUUGUGGGAGAACUUUAUCAGACACAGCGACUAUCUGCUUCGUCAUUGAGAUACUACGGACUCGGACUUCAGAAUGGCAACUACACCGUGAACCUUUAUUUUGCAGAAAUAGUUCUCUCAGAUUCAAAUACAUGGCAAAGCCGUGAGAGGCGUCUCUUUGAUAUAUAUAUACAGGGAAAUCGUGUCGUACAGAAUUUUAAUAUUAGAAAGGAGGCAGGUGGGUCUUUCCUUGCUGUCCCAAAGAACUUCACGGCGGAAGUUACAGAAAAUUUCCUGGAAAUUCAUCUCUUUUGGGCGGGGAAAGGUACAUGCUGCAUACCUAAUCAGGGUGCUUUUGGACCUUCCGUUUCAGCCAUCAGUGCUACCCCAGAUUUUAAACCAAAUGUCAGUAACGUACCACCAAGUAGUAAGGAGAUUAGUAGAACGGGCCUAAUUGCAAGGGAGGAUAAUAGAAAGGGCCUAAUUGUAGGUCUCUUUGUUGGGUUAGGAUCUGUUUUCUUUCUGAUUAUUGGCGCAGUUUUCCUUAUCGUCCAGAGAAGGAAUAGACGUCGUGCCAAUGAAGAUGAAGAGCUCCUUGGGAUAGAUGCUAGACCGUACACUUUUAGUUUUUCUGAACUAAGGGGUGCUACAAGCGACUUUAAUCCAUCCAACAAGCUUGGCGAGGGAGGAUUUGGACCUGUUUACAAGGGAACACUAAGUGAUGGAAGAAUGGUUGCUGUGAAGCAACUUUCAGUGGCAUCCCACCAAGGAAAGAGCCAGUUUGUUGCUGAGAUUGCUACAGUAUCUGCAGUGCAGCAUCGCAAUCUUGUGAAAUUAUAUGGAUGUUGCAUCGAGGCCGAUAAACGUCUCCUUGUUUAUGAGUUUCUAGAAAACAAGAGUCUUGACCAAGCAUUAUUUGGAAAAAAACAUUUGAUUAUUGAUUGGGAAAAACGUUUUGAGAUAUGCGUGGGUGUAGCAAGGGGCCUCACUUACCUUCAUGAGGAAUCAAGACUUCGCAUAGUGCACAGAGACGUCAAGGCCAGUAACAUCCUGCUUGAUGGUAAUCUGAUUCCCAAAAUUUCAGAUUUUGGCUUAGCCAAACUUUAUGAUGACAAACAGACUCAUAUAAGCACCCGUGUUGCUGGGACAAUUGGUUAUCUUGCACCUGAGUAUGCCAUGCGUGGCCACCUUACGGAGAAGGCUGAUGUGUUUGGAUUUGGCGUUGUGGCUCUUGAAAUUGUGAGCGGAAGGCCGAAUUCAUACCCAAGCUUAGAGCAACACAAAAUAUAUCUUCUUGAUUGGACAUGGUACCUCCACGAAAACAACCGUGAACUGGAGAUGGUGGAUCCUGAAUUAUCAGAGUUCAGCAAGGAGGAAGUAAAGAGGGUGAUUGGUGUAGCUCUUCUGUGCACUCAAACAUCCCCAGCUCUUCGGCCAUCGAUGUCCCGCGUGGUAGCAAUGCUGACUGGAGACGUUGAAGUGGGCGCUGUAACUUCCAAACCAGGAUACCUGAUAGACUGGAAAUUUGAUGACAUUACAAGCUUUAUUGAUACUCCAUCAACUGAAGAACCUGAUAGUAGCCUUUAUGCAUCAACAAGUUCGAAUGUUGUUGAUAUAAAGAAAUUGCCAGACAAACCACUGCUCCAUGAAUCAUUUGGGGCCGGAUUCGAUGGCUGUCCCAAUCUCUUGAAUUUUAGGAUUGUUAUAAACAAAAUAUCAUUUUCUCUAUCUAAGGAUGCGCUGUUGCUAAUUCAUAUCAAUCCUCCCUCCAUAAUUCUGUCUGUAACUGAUCAAGCUUCCAAUUCCAUGUCCAUGUUCAUGGCGUCUUCAUCUUCAGGUUUCAUCUUUGCUGUUUGUGCUAUUGCUUCCAUUGUCUGCCACCUGGCUGUUUUGUCUGAAGCUCAAAAUUCAACUCAGCCCACCACCGAUCCUGAUCAGGCAAGAGCUCUGAAUUCCAUAUUUAGACAAUGGCGUAUAUCGGCGCCAUCAGGGGCGUGGAAUAUAAGCGGGAAUUUGUGCAGUGGGAGGGCAGUCGACACUACCACCCCCGUUGACAUUAAUGGAAACCUCAAUCCUCUUAUAAAAUGCGAUUGCUCAGCCAACAACGGUGCAACCUGCCUCAUUACUCAACUGCACGUUUAUGCAAUAAACGUUGUUGGUGUACUUCCACCAGAGCUAUGGACAUUAACUUCCCUCACCUAUCUGAAGUUGGAUCAAAAUUUCUUGACUGGAACGCUAUCUCCAUCUGUUGGUAAUCUCACAGAAUUGCGGAAGUUGAGCCUGGGCAUUAAUGCAUUAUCAGGGGAACUUCCGAAGGAACUUGGAUCUCUCUCUAAACUGGAACUGUUGGCUUUCGGAUCCAACAAUUUCUCUGGUCCCUUACCGCCAGAGCUUGGAAAUCUUUCUAUGUUGAAGGAACUAUACAUUGAUAGCUCUGGAGUUUCUGGUGGUAUUCCUCAAUCAUUUUCACGCCUAAGAAACUUGCAUACAGUGUGGGCAUCAGACAAUGAAUUCAGUGGCAGAAUACCUGAUUUCAUCGGGAGUUGGACAGGGCUAACGUCUUUGAGGUUUCAAGGAAACUCUUUUACAGGUCCCAUACCAUCGACAUUUUCAAACCUGACAUCUUUGACGGAGUUGAGAAUAGGUGAUUUAUCCAAUGGGAGCUCUUCUCUAGCAUUCAUCAGGAAUAUGGCAUCUCUAACUAUCCUGGUGUUGAGAAAUAAUAAUAUGACAGGUUCAAUUCCAUCCAACAUUGGAGAAUUUCGUAGACUUACCCAGCUGGACUUGAGCUUCAACAACUUGACAGGAGAGAUUCCAAGCUCGCUUUUCAAUUUGAGUUCACUGUCACACUUGUUUCUUGGAAAUAAUAAGUUAAAUGGGACCCUACCUACACAGAAGAGUGCAUCACUUCUUAAUAUAGACUUGUCAUAUAAUGAUUUAUCAGGGAGCUUUCCUCCUUGGAUCAACCAGCAAAAUUUACAGAUAAAUUUAGUAGUCAACAAUUUCACAAUUGAAGGUUCAAGUAGCAGUGGUUUGCCUUCUGGAUUGAAUUGUCUUCAACGCAACUUUCCUUGUAAUCGAGACCGUCCAAGAUAUUCUGAUUUUGGGAUCAAGUGUGGAGGUCCACAGAUCACAAGUUCAUCAGGGAUUUUGUUUGAAAGGGAAAAUGAGACUCUCGGUCCUGCUACAUACUUUGUUACCGAGUCAAAUAGAUGGGCCGUUAGUAAUACUGGAUACUUCACUGGGACCAACAAUCCUGAAUACAUAGGCAAGACAUUGUCUCAAUUCCCAAACUCCCUUGACACAGAACUUUUUCAGACACAGCGUCUAUCUGCUUCAUCAUUGAGAUACUAUGGACUGGGACUUGAGAAUGGAAACUACACAGUGAACCUUCAUUUUGCAGAAAUAGCUUUCCCAGAUUCAAAUACAUGGCAAAGCCGUGGGAGGCGUCUCUUUGAUAUAUAUAUCCAGGGAAAUCGUGUCUUACAGAAUUUUGAUAUCAGAAAGGAGGCAGGUGGGUCUUUCCUUGCUGUCAGAAAGAAUUUUACGGCUGAAGUUACAGAAAGCUUCCUGGAAAUUCAUCUCUUUUGGGCAGGCAAAGGUACUUGCUGCAUACCUAAUCAGGGUGCUUUUGGACCCUCCGUUUCAGCCAUCAGUGCUACCCCAGAUUUUGAACCAACUGUCAGCAACGUACCUCCAAAUACUGAGGAGAAUAAUAGAACGGGCCUAAUUGUAGGGCUCGUUGUUGGUUUAGGAUCUGUUUUCUUUCUGAUUAUUGGUGCAGUUUUCUUUGUCAUCCAGAGAAGGAAAAGGCGUCGUGCCUAUGAAGAUGAAGAGCUCCUUGGGAUAGAUGCUAGACCGUACACUUUUAGUUUUUCUGAACUAAGGGGUGCUACAAGCGACUUUAAUCCAUCCAACAAACUUGGCGAGGGAGGAUUUGGACCUGUUUACAAGGGAACACUAAGCGAUGGAAGAGUGGUUGCUGUGAAGCAACUUUCAGUGGCAUCCCACCAAGGAAAGAGCCAGUUUGUCGCUGAGAUUGCUACAAUAUCCGCAGUGCAACAUCGUAACCUUGUAAAAUUAUAUGGAUGUUGCAUUGAGGCCGACAAACGUCUCCUUGUUUAUGAGUUUCUAGAAAACAAGAGUCUUGACCAAGCAUUAUUUGGAAAUAAACAUUUGACUGUUGAUUGGCCAACACGUUUUGACAUAUGCGUGGGUGUAGCAAGGGGUCUCACUUACCUUCAUGAGGAAUCAAGACUUCGCAUAGUGCACAGAGAUGUUAAGGCCAGUAACAUCCUGCUUGACGGUAAUCUGAUUCCCAAAAUUUCAGAUUUUGGCUUAGCCAAACUUUACGACGACAAAAAGACUCAUAUAAGCACCCGUGUCGCUGGGACAAUUGGUUAUCUUGCACCUGAGUACGCCAUGCGUGGUCACCUUACGGAAAAGGCUGAUGUGUUUGGAUUUGGCGUUGUGGCUCUUGAAAUUGUCAGUGGAAGGCCAAAUUCAGACCCAAGCUUAGAGCAAGACAAAAUUUAUCUUCUCGAAUGGGCAUGGUACCUCCACGAAAACAACUGUGAACUUGAGAUGGUGGAUCCUGAAUUAUCAGAGUUCAGCAAGGAGGAAGUAAAGAGGGUGAUUGGUGUAGCUCUUCUGUGCACUCAAACAUCCCCAGCUCUUCGGCCAUCAAUGUCCCGCGUAGUGGCAAUGCUGACCGGAGACAUCGAAGUGACUCCUGUAACUUCCAAACCAGGUUACCUUACUGAUUGGAAAUUUGAUGACAUUACAAGCUUUAUAGAUAAUCCAUCAACUGAAGAACCUGAUACUGGCCGUUAUGCAUCGACUAGUUCGAGUGUUGUUGGUGCAAAGCAUACGCCAGCCAAUGAUUUUGAACCAAUGCUCCAUGAAUUAUUAGGGGAAGGUAGGUGAAGAAGCUUAGUUUCAUAUUUGCUCAACGUUCCCCCACCUCCGGCUUUGUACAUUGUGAUUUAAUUUCAUACAACAUUUGUGUCGUUUGGAACCUCCUCCCAUUUGUGAAUUAUUUAUGAUCUCAUUGAUUUCUGUGUUGGAGUUUGUAAGUUAAAUUGCUUAUGGAGUUUGUAACUCAAAAGUACCGUUCACAAAAUAGAUUGCCCAUGGAGUUUGGAUUCCAUGGUUGUAUCUUUU